AAUCACAAAACAUUUCCAUCAUUCAAAGCCAACUGUUGUGUGGUGUGUAGUGCUAACAAAGUUUAUUACAAACUAAAAAAAACCAAAUCAGUCAAGGAUCGUAUAAACGAACGACAAACCAACCAAAACCAAAAAAAAAUUACAAAUUCUUUAAAAAGAAAAAUAAAUUAAAUUAAAAAAAAUGUAUUCUAAAAUCGUUUGUGUUGUAUUUGUUGCCACCUUUGUGUGCAGUGCUGUCGCUUUGCCCAAACAGGAUACCAAUGAAAAGGAUUUAGUUAACAUGAUCAAUAAGAUCGAUGCUGAACCAUCAUUGCCAUUGUUUGGUGGUCUUCGUGUUGAACGUGUUGAAUCCGGUCGUGCUUUCGGUGCCUCCAACAAAGCUGUUGAAUCCUUCGAAGAACGCGCUGAACGUUACUUGCAAUCUCACCAAUUGAACUUCUCCUUCCCCGAUACCGACGAAGAGGAAGAAGAUGAGUUCAAUGGUCGCGCCAUGGAAGAACCCCGCAGUAAGAAAAUGAAGAAAAUGUUGUUGCCUUUGCUCUUGGCUUUGAAAUUGAAGAAGGCUGUCAUCGUUAAGGUCCUCUUCAUGAUCAUCAAGUUCAUCUCCCUCAAGAGUUUGGCUAUCUCUUUCUUGGCUCUUUUCUUCGCUGGUGCCACUUUCUUCAAGGAUUUGUUGGGCAAGAAGAAGGAACACAUCACCACCGCUUACAUUACCGGCAGUCCCUUGAACGCUGAAAUUGUCCAUUCCGACUGGAACCGUAAUGGUCAAGCUGCUGCCUCUGAUUUGGCCUACAACCACUACGGUUUGGCUCAACCUUUCUAAACUGUCUCUUUCUUAGUCUCUCAGCUUUCAAAUCUUUUCUUCUAACUAUCCUUUCUUGCUAUCUUCAACUAUCUUUCUCUUAUUUCUAAGCCUUCACAAACUAUACUAUCCUUCUCUCAUUUUCCACCAAAACAAAACUAAAUUUUGAUUAGUUUUAGAAUUUAGUCAACAUAUAAUAAUUUAUUUAGUUUAAUUAAUUUAUUUAAUUAGCUGCUUUAAACCAAAAAAUCUUUAUCUAUAAAACCAAAAAAUUUCCUCUACCACACAUUCCUCCCCCCCUCUACAAAACGACCAAUGGCUAUUUUGGACAAAGCUUCUCGGUUCAUAGCAAAUUGUUCCGGGUAAACAAAAAAAAAUCUAGAAAAAAAUUCAUCAUUAAAAAAGUAAUUUAUUUUUGUAUCAUCAUGCAACAUUCAUCCCAUAAAUACCUUCCAAGCUUCCCGAUUGAAAGCAAAAUUGCUUUGCGAAAAUGUAAAAUUUUCUACGAUUUUAUUUAUUGAAAUCUAAGUCUUUUAUAAUUUAUGUAUUUAAUAUUUGUUUAAUAAUUUAUUUAUUAAUUUAUAAUUUGUUUUGUACAUAGAGAACUCAGGUUGUAUUUCAUAUUUAAAAGGAAAAUUUUAUUAUUUUUUUUAAAUUAUCCAUCAUCUUUGAAAAACAAUUUUGUUUUCAAUUUUGAUUUAAAGCUCUAAAUGGAAAAACCAAAACG